GUCAGGACAAAGGGCAGAGCUGGGCAGAGCGCUAGCGAGGACCAGCUUGUUGCAGGCGCACAUUGGUGCUGGCCCUGGUCGUCGAGCUCCGACUCUCUUCCUGCAAGUAGGUAGGUUGAGCCGUAAAGGUCGACUGUCCUUGCCUGUAUCUUCAAUCUUCCUUGAUGAGAGGACGGAUAUUGCUGAGAUUGAAGCAGGGCGUCCGGCUAAGCGUGCGCGGAUUUGAGGGGCCAUCUUGCUGAUGGCAGAAGCGGGGACAGUCCCAACCCCGAUUGGCGAGUUGCCGGAGGCGAUCGCAAUCUCAAUUGCCGGCUUGCUGAGCCUUCGCGAUAUUAGUUCGCUGGCGCAAACAUGUGCUAGCUGGCAUGCAGCUUGCUCCAGCGAUGAUCUGUGGAGAUCCUUGUACUCGAAGAGGUGGCCAGAUUCACCCCUGCUCAGUCCCGCUUCCAAUGGCAGCCCCUUGAUCUCGGCCCAUCAGCAUGCCUCGUCGCCUCUGGAGAACUACGGAGUGGGGUUUUCAGGCAGUAAUGCCAAGGCCGUGCAAACGAAUGAAAGUGACCUGGGGGCUCAUUCAUGGAGGGCAAGAUUCAAGACCCGCAUCAAUCAGGUGGCAGCUGAUGAGAAGGCGCUGGCUGCUCUGCUGGAUAAUUUUCCAACCUUUGGAGGGAGGACGUCUCGGAGCAUUGAGAUUAAUGCAUACCAAGAUGCCUUGGGAAUCUUGAGGAGGAGCCGAUGGAGCACCGAGGAUGUGUUGGAAAGACUCUUGUCUCCAAAGAAGAGCGUCUUCCUCAAUGUCGUUGGACUCCAUCAUUGCUUGCAGGUACCAAAAAGAAAUGUCUUGGCGCUGCAAUUCUGGCUUGAGAAACAAGCGGUUGCUAGCAGGACAAUAUGCAUCCGGGUAUGGUCGAUGGGUGGAUGGGCCGUCCAAGGAUUUCGUCGCCGGGAUGAGUUCCUUGUGUUACCUGAUGUCAGCCUUUCCUCCAUUUUAAUGAGCUAUGUGACCGAAAAUGUAGAAGAGGUUCCUCUGGACGACAAGGAGCGCACCGGUUCGCGAGCUUUGAAGGUUCUGAAGCGGGGGCUGAUGCAUGAAGUCCGGAGGGUCCAGCUAUCCGCUGACUUUGAAUCUAGUGCUUGGGUUGCACGUGAGCAACAUUCACAAAGGUAGCCUGCCCCGGUUGCAAUUUGUGACUAUGCGGCCCCAGAGUAUCGUUUCGGCUAGCAAUGUUGUAGGUAAAAACACAAGUCUCUCGGCUAGACUUUUGCCUUCGGCAAUAAAAACAACAAUGCAAUAGAUUUUACUAACUUUUUUCAAGAUGUCAUCAGGAGUUGGAACAUGUACAGCAAAAUACGAUUCAACAAAACUUGUGAAAGUAGGCCCGGAUCACGCAAAAUAUCGCCCAUGAUUACUUUUAGGCCAGUUAUGUACACAAUCAAAAGACCAUUUUUUGCGCAGUUUGUUUUGCAAAGACACUAGAAAGCACUGUACAGAUUCUUUAACAAUUGGAAGUAGGUAAUCAAACAAUCAGUACCUUUUUUAUUAGUUGUCAUUAGGAGGUCAAGGUGACUGUACAGCAAGAAGAAGAUCGUCAUGGACUUACUAUAAAAUAAGAAGAGGCGAGAUGAACACUUUGUAUAAUUGGAGUUCGCCUGAAUCUGCGUGAGCGACCUAGCUUCGCAUGUUAAAAGGUUCAGCGACGCUUUGAGAGAGACCAGAGGCAUACUAAAGAGUCCAUUGCAAAUAAAUAGUGCCACAAUCUGACAUCUCUAGAGCAGUUCUCAAGGACGG